CUAUAUAUACGUCUAAAAGCUCAAAUUUCCAAUUUCCUAAUUAGGUUUUUCAGAGGAAUAUCGUCCGUGAAUAAAGAAUGGAGUUUUGCCCAACUUGUGGGAACAUGUUACAGUAUGAGUUGCCGCAUAUGGGUCGGUCUUCCAGGUUUUAUUGCCGGACUUGUCCCUAUGUUUGUCACCUUGAAAGCAAGGUUAAAAUAAAGAGGAGGCAACAUCUUGUUAAGAAAGAAAUUGAACCUGUUUUCAACAAAGAAGAUAUGAAGGUGGGCGGGUCUGAAACUGAUGCAACAUGCCCUUCUUGUAGCCAUGGAAGGGCCCUUUUCUCACAGGUGCAGAUCCGGUCAGCUGAUGAGCCAGCAACGACAUUCUAUCAGUGCUUGAAAUGCGAGAAGAUGUGGCGUGAGGAUUGAGUACAUGUUAUCUCCACUCUCUUGAGUUUCAAAUUUUCAGUUUCCUAAGUUGUACUUUUUGGAUAACAAAUUUCAAAGUGAGAAUAGGAAGUGGAGAGAAGGUGGAACUUUUGUGCAUUAGAGACAUAACAGAAUACUGAAAAACUAUAGAUUCUCACUGCUUUCGCUUCUAAUUUUGUUCAUGGUACUCUUGAAUCUUUGUCAAAAUAGUUGGCUGGGAUUUUGUACAUAGAAUUGCUAAUAAAUAUGUCAAUUUGU